CAGUGGCAGUGACAUCAGAUAAAGUCGCGAUGCGCUGCCAUGCAUGCAAAGCCAGGCGCGCAUCAUACACGCCAUGCAGCCAGUGAGAAAACAGGAAUGCCGAGGACCCGUGGUUGUGCUGCCCAAUCCGCAUCAACCCAGCCUGUUUCCUCCUGUUGAGUGUAUUGCACAGAGAGUCGCAGAAGCCUGCAAUUGGUACCUACUUCUACCAGUACUGGCACCAAGCAAAAUCCAAUUGCCUUACGUUCUCGUUCAACAAUUGAAGCAACGUCGCAAGAAUACAAAAACGUUCAGAAGCCGCUAGCAGCUCUUGAAUUCGCUACGAACGACCUGCUGCAACAGUUUCUUCCACCUUUGUAAGAAGCACCCGAAUUGCAAGAUGGCUCAGCGCGAGAACCUGAGCGGUUAUGAGAGGGCAAACAUGGCCCCAGGCAACAUGGGCGCCGGCCGGUUUGAGGAGCAGGGGAGGGGCCAGAUGGGGACUGGCUUCAACACCCGCACCACGGGGGAGUCGGAGGGGUACUGCGCCAACCCUGCCACAACAAACCUGCCUAAGGAGUUCGAGACACACGUGAACAUCAUCGAGAAGGUUCCCGAGAUGAAGACUGUGACCAAAACUGACUAUGUGAAGAAGCUGGAGGAACGCGAGGAGGUGCGCACUGUGCCGCGCUCGCGCGUGGUGCAGGAAGAGAAGGAGGUGACCCACACCGUGCCACGUGUCAAGGAGGUGCCCAGGACGAGGGAGGAGAUUCGCCACCGUGUGGUCGAGGAGAGGGUGCAAGUCCCGUACACUGAGAAGAUCGUGGAGCAGGUCCCUGUGACCAAGACCGAGACAGUGCCACGUGUCGUUCGUGAGGAGGUCCAGGAGCGCGUCAGAGUGCCCCAUGUGACCGAGGUGCCCGUGCAGCGCCAGGUGCAGGUGCCCACUGGCAAGUACUGCGAGCAGGAGGUUGACGAGUACACGCACAAGGGCGCUCCCCACAUGAUGGGCACUACGGGAACGACCGGCCUCCAGCGGACUGGAAGCUCCAGCAGCUCCAGCAGCAGCUCCUCCGACGAGGAGGGUGCAGGCGGACAGAGCUUGGGCGACAAGAUCAAGUCCAAGAUGCCCGGCGGCCACAAGAAGUCGCACCGCCGCACCGGGGAGAUGGCCGGAGCAACAACCGGAACUGGAGUCGCCCACAUGAGCGGCGCCGGAUUGACCGGAACGCAGACCGGUACCGGCUAUGGAACUGGGAUGGGCGGCCCGGUGACUGGAACCGGUCGCACAGCGCUGUCCCACGACGCUGGACUUGGUCACACCGGGAUGGGAACUGGCCACAACGUGACCGGAACCGGAAUGACCGGAACCGGUCUGGGACAUAUGACUGGGGCCGGAACUGGGGUGGCUCCUCACACCACGGGGACAACUCACCCGGGUCCGUCACCUAACCUGACUGGGCGUCCCGCACCGGGCGAGGCGGGUGCGACAGCGGCUGCCACCGAGCACCACGAGAAGAAAGGCUUCUUCAAGAAGAUUGAGGAAAAGCUGACUGGGCACCACUAGAGAACUGGCUAGGUAGGUGGAAAUCUGUAGUGCCAUGGCAACAAAUUAGGCAGUUGCAGCUACUUGGCAGUUAAAAGGGCAAGGAUAAAGUUGUAAAAGAUUAAUACUCUCUGCAGACUAGGAUGUGUUGUCGAGUGCCAGUGCCGUUGGACAGGUGGUAUAGCAGAGACCUGUUGAAGUGAUACAUAACAUGGUGGUGACGGGGUGAUGGUUAUUAGCUGUGUACGUCGAUCAAUGUGAAGUAAGUAGAAAAAUCGGAAAAUUUGUAAGCACGAACGGGAAAGCCUGCGCAACGUGUUGGGUCUCAAAGUGUAGAGUAGUGACGUGGAAUUGGGUAAAUCUGUAGCAUAUCUUGUAGAUAAACAAUUUUGGAGUUCGAAAGUGCUCCUGACACCAACCGAUCUUUCUCAAAAGGGAUUCGUUUUUUCCACGACAUCUUCAUUGUCUAGCUGAUGUUAUCCUUCUACAUUCAAUCGGUUGAAACAAUGAUGCUUCUAAAUUAUAUUGAUACUUUGUC